ACUCACUGCCUUCGCCCAAAGUCUGAUCUAGCUGAGAAAUAGCUUUGUCAGGACUUGGUCACCAAUCUCUCUCAGGUUUCGGUUGCAACAUGAGGCCUUGGAGGUAGGCGGCAACUUUCUCUCUCUCUCUCUCUUGUUGUUAAGAGUAUUGCAUGUAAGCCAUUGCAGCCAGAUGGGGGAGCAGUAAAAAAAAAGAUGUGAGUAUUGACAGCAAAGAGGAAAAGGAAGCGGAGUGACAGAGAGGGGGGAGAGUUGUAAGGAAGGAGAAAACACACAUAACACAGAGCAUGCUCAUAUAUGCAACACAUAUACACCCAACACACACACAGAGCAAUGGGAGCUGCCCUUGAUUGUCCUUUCUGAUGUCUUGAGUGUGUCUGUCAUCAUGCCAGAUGAAAUCCACCCAGGAGGACUCAUCCUGAUCUUUCUCCAGAUGUCCUCUGAAGAUUCUAGAUCUGACAGUUCGGGGAUCUACUGUUGAUUUUCGCAAGAUCAAGCUUGCUUCCACGCACAACCAACACAUCCAGCAGUGUCAACAGAAGUUCUCGAUCUAGAAAGGAACCGGAUAGGAUUCCGAAGGAUGGAUCCCCCGUGCCUUCUCUCCGUCUCACUUGUUUUGAUGCUGUGCUCCCUGGGAGCCUCCUUCCGGAUCUGUGCCUUCAACACUCAGCGCUUCGCCCAAGGGAAGGUGGAUAAAGCCCACGUUGUGGACAUUUUUGUCAAGAUCCUGGCUCGUUGCGAUAUUGCUGUUCUACAAGAGGUAAUGGAUGCAAAAGGAAAAGCCAUUCCUGCUUUGGCAGCGGCCCUGAAUCGGUUUGAAAACGGGGCUGAUGUCUACAGCUACAUCACCAGUCCUCUACUGGGCCGGAGCAACUAUCAAGAACGCUAUGUAUUCUUUUACAGGAAUAAAAGAACACGGGUGUUGGACUCUUAUAAAUAUGCAGAUGAACAUCCAGAGCGGCCUGAUGUCUUUGCGCGUGAGCCUUUCAUUGUGCGAUUCAGCUUUCCAAGCAAAGCACUUCCUGAGCUGGUGCUGAUCCCACAACAUACGAUGCCCUCAAAGGCUGAAGCUGAAAUUGAUGCACUCUAUGAUGUUUUCCUGAAUGUGCAGGAACGCUGGAAUACCAAGGACAUGAUUUUCUUGGGUGAUUUCAAUGCAGACUGUGGCUACGUGGCAAAGAAACGAUGGGGGAAUAUCCGCUUACGCCAAAAGCCUGAGUUUCACUGGCUCAUUGGUGACAAAGCUGAUACUACUGUUCGAGAGAACACUCGUUGUGCCUAUGACAGGAUUGUGGUGCAUGGUGAGCGCUGUCUGGAUGCAAUCGUGCCUGGUUCAGCUCAGCCUUUUGAUUUCGCCAAGGAAUUUGGACUCUCAGAGGAACAGGCUUUGGAGAUAAGCGAUCAUUAUCCUGUUGAGGUGGAGCUGUAUUCAGCCUGUUGGGGACUCCAGCCAAUCCGACCAUUUGGUCUUCUCUUGUUGGCCAUAGCCAUGCUGUCUGGUACAGGGCAUGGCAUUUGAAAAUUUUUCCAAAUCUUCUGGGAUUGUUACAUCUGUCCAAGUUUUGUAUCAAUUGCCAAGUGCUGCCAAGUUGACUCUAGCUCAUGGAGACCCUAUAAAUGAGAGAUCUUUGAGAGCCAUAAUCAUGAAGAGUUCUACUCAGGUAUUGCAAACUCAGGGCAGCCUUACUCCCUUGAUUCAGCCAAUCUGCCUGGGAUGUGAUCUUCUCCUUUUCUUACUGCUUUCUGCUUGACAAAGCAUUAUCAUCUUUUCAGAUGAGUCUUGUCAUCUCAUGAUCUGUCCAGAGAACAACAGCCUCAAAGGAGGUGGGUCCAUUUCAUUGGUGCAACCUGUGUUUUGAAGAUGUUGAGUGCUUCCAAAGGGACAAAAAUGCUUCUGUGAAAGAGUAAAGAAACAUGUCGAUGGCUACGCACAAAGACAUUAUUGUCUGGUCCUCCCUUACAAUUUUUUUUCGUGUCAGGAGCAACUUGAGAAACUGCAAGUCACUUCUGGUGUGAGAGAAUUAGCCAUCUGCAAGAAUGUUGCCUGGAUGUUUUUGAUGUUUUACCAUCCUUGUGGGAAGCUUCUCUCAUGUCCCUGCAUGGGGAGCUGGAGCUGAAAGAGGGAGCUCAUCUUCACUCUCCUCAGAUUUGAAUCUUCAACCUAUCAUCUUCAGUCCUACCAGCACAAGGGUUUAACCCACUGUGCCACUGAGGGCUCCUCUUCCCUUACAAUUACUCAACUGGGACAAUGUGAUUGUAUAGUGAACGUCUCAUCUGCAAGUGCCUGUUAUGCAACUUUCUAGGAAUCAGGAUGGAACUGCCAGAUUUGCAUACUUCGCUAUGUGUCAGACCACUGAACAGCUGAGUGAAUUACUUUUAUGUCAUGGAUGGACUCCACUCAUCCAGGUUGUCCUUUGGAUCUUCUAAACCAGCGGUUCCCAACCUGUGGUCUGUGAACCUCCAGUGG